CUUCCGGUCCUCGUCUACCUUAUAGUAGCAAUGGCGUCCAGUACUGAGGAGAAGAGUGCACCCAUUCAGCAGGAGCCUACUGAAAGUAUCACAUCGUCAAAGAGAGAGGAGAGACUGCGGAAAUUCCGAGAGUUGCAUUUUAAACGGAAUGAAGCACGCAAGCUUAAUCACCAGGAAGUUGUCGAAGAGGAUAAGAGACUGAAACUACCCUCCAACUGGGAGGCUAAAAAAGCUAGACUGGAGUGGGAACUUGCUGAAGAUGAGCGGAAAAAGGAAUGUGCUGCAAGAGGUGAGGACUACAACAGAGUGAAACUCCUGGACAUCACGGCUGAUGAUGCAGAGCGGUGGGAGAGAAAGAAAAAGAAGAAAAACCCAGACACAGGAUUUGCAGGUUAUGCUGAGGCACAAUUCAGACAGUAUCAGAGGCUCACCAAGCAGAUCAGACCCGACAUGCAAAACUAUGAGAAACAGCGAGAAGAAUGUGGUGAGGACUUCCACCCCACAUCCAAUAGCCUGAUCCAUGGCACCCAUGUCCCGGCCCAGGAGGGCAUUGACCGUAUGGUGGAAGAUGUCGAGAAACAAAUUGAGAAGCGGGCCAAAUACAGCCGACGCAGGGCUUACAACGACGAUGCAGAUAUUGACUACAUUAACGAGAGGAACGCCAAGUUCAACAAGAAGGCCGAACGCUUCUACGGCAAAUACACGGCAGAGAUCAAGCAGAACUUGGAGAGAGGCACUGCUGUUUGAGUUGUCACAUUUGUGGAUGCAUUCCAUUAUAGGUCAUGAAAGUGCUUAUUGCACGUGUUUUUAUAUAAAUUGCUUUGAGCUGUCUAAUGUAACGUGUACAGUUUAAGAAAACACUUUGGACUAUUCUCACCCUUACUCUUUAAAUAAACCAUUUCCAAUUAUUCGUCAAUGUAGAACACUAGGUGUGAUUUGUGUGUCUCAUGACAGCCAGCCUUUUCAAUUUUGAGCAUGAGAAUGAACUGCCAUUAAGUAGCAUCAAACCUCAGGGCUUGUUUGGUGGUAAAUGUUCACUGACAAAUAUGUUUGAUGUAGGUGCAGUGAUAAGGAGCAACAGGAGCGUAAUUCAAUUCAUUAUCAUUCCUGUCUUUGUCUAAUCAACUUGCCUCAAGCAGCAACAUGAGCAAGAGGGCCUUGUGACUGAGCGGAGAUAAAAGCAAGGCAAGUCAUUCCCAUGCAAUAUUGUCCCACUAGGCUGGCACUGCAAGCCCUUACAUCAGUGAAUUAACUUGAGCUGUUAACUUCUUGUUAUCUGGAUAAUACUCAAUUUUAGCUGUUAUGAUUGCAUAACAGUAAAAUGAGUUGAAUUUAAAUUGCCCUUCAAAUAAAGUUCAGCAAAUAGCAGCCAAUGAAGAAAAACCAUGCAAGCAUUAUACUGUAUUAAGUCAUGCUACAAAAGUGGUUAUGGUUAACAAAAGUGAUGCCAUGUGUCAUUUACAAAUUCGACAUGUGGCCUGCCCACUGUAUUCAGUUGAGUUCAAGGGUCAACACCUGUUGACUAAAUACCCUAGAACAAAAACUAACCAAUUUAUGGGACAACAGCGACAUUGUGAGGCUGUCAUGAGAACUGCAUUGGGUAAGUUAUACGCACUUGGACACAGUAAUAACAUAUGCCUUUAUUAGUCCCACAAGGGGAAAUUCCAAUAAAUAUAUAAUAUAAAUCAUGAAAUGAUUGAGUGGAUCACAGUGGUAUAAAGAGCAAAAAAACAAUUGUUUGGCGUUUGUAUUUUAUUACUUUUGUAUUAUUGUUUGACCUUGUGGGGACUUCAUGGUCAAUGUCAUACAAGCAAGUCUGUCGCUAGAUUGCAUAGCAUGACUUGUGGCAGGACUUCAGUAUUACUUUCAUUCCCUGUAUAAGACCACUGCCACACAGGCCGUUUUUGCCCAUUAUUAACCCACAACUGUAUUAAUUGUGUGAACCUGGAGAAUAUGCCUCUUUGAGUCGACACACUACAUAAUUGUGGACCAUUCCGUACAUCCAU